AUGUCAGUUGAUCCCAAAUUUGCAAAUUUGCCAUGGAUUGCACAUGAUGAACCAGAUGUUUAUGAAACAGAUGAUUUACCAGAAGCCGACCAGAGAAAAUCCGAGAGUGAAGUUGAGCUGAUUUUGCCUAAGGAAAUAGAAAACACAUCAAUUUCAGCUGAAAAAGCUCGCCAACGCUUUGAACACUGUAAGGUCGAUGCGAAAGAUGCGGACUUUUCGGAUAAAAUUACCGGAUGUGGCAAAGUUGGUUAUGCAGUAGAGUGCUCUGAAUACGAAUCGAAUCCAGUUAGCGGCCCUGAUUCAACUCUUACGGCUCGUUUCCAACACCUUCAAUCAGAAGUACUUCAGCUGAUCAGUGAUGCAGAAACAAUUAAGAAGGAAGCUGGCGCGAGUGCUAGUAGCGGUGACCUCACUGUUGAGCAGAUUUCAGAUCUCGCAUCCAAACUAACUACUCAGUUAAGCCAACUUCAAUUGGAAGACAUCUUCGGUCCGAACCUUGAUCUCACAGACUUAUGUGCUCAUGAUACUGUGCUCCAGAAGCGUCUUUUCGAGCAGAUUGCGAAUUUCAAGCCGAAAAAGGCACCACAUAAGGAGGGCGAACCUGACGAGAGUAUUACAUUUGAAUUGUUCUCAAAACCUUCUGACAAAGUCGAUGCCGCUAAUGAAAAAGCUUUAGAGUUAGAUCGUCGACUUCAACGUUUGGAGGCUCUUAUUGGUUCCCGUGAUGUCUCUGUGACCGGGCCCAAUGGACUCGUGGAUGCUGCAGCUCGUCUUGUAGAGCAAGUCGCCCUACUACAGCCUAGUUACUUAGAUCAGGUUGAGGCUCGAAUUGCCACGCUGCAGUCUAAAUUGACGAAUGCCUCCAAAAACUCUGAAAGUUCGGUUAUUAACGAUGCUGCCAAACAGGCUAAGAUUGGUGAACUAUUUGAGAUUGUGAAAAAGUGGGACUCGUUCUCCACUGAUCUCCCACUUGUUAUUGAUCGCCUCAAAAAUUUAAAAGCUCUCCAUGAACAAGCUUCGGAGUUUAGCACGUCACUGGUAAAUAUGGAUGUUGCUCAGAAAAAAAUUGAGGAGAAACUUGCUGCCUAUGAAGUACAACUCAAUAGCGCCCAGGAAUCCCUAUCGAAUGCAUUGGAGGUUUUCAAGGAGAAUUCACAGGCUCCUGAGAAAUCCUUGAAGACUUAA